UGUUGCGCAUGCGCCGUGAUCAACAUCAACAUCACGGAGAGAAAGGUGAUGGCGGAUGAUGGAAGGGAAGAGUCGCUGGGGACUGACGAUGAUUCAGACCAAACGGGAGCGGACGGCAGCUUGAACAACACUAUGGUGGAAGAGGGCUCGACCCUCAUGCGCAGGAUGGAGAUCUGCGUAGCUGAGGCCGAGAAGAGGAGCGGCAAAAAUGCAGUGAGCAUGCAGGAGACGUUCACUGUGUACCUGAUCGAAACAAGGCCAAUGGAUGCAGUCGCUGAAGGCCAUAACCCAGCCCCCGACUGUCUGUGGAGGAGGUACAGUGAGUUUGAACUGCUGCGCAACUACCUGAUAGUUACCUAUCCGUACAUUGUGGUACCUCCUCUGCCUGAGAAGAGGGCAGAGUUUGUGUGGCACAAGCUGUCUGCAGACAACAUGGACCCUGACUUUGUGGAGCGACGCAGGGUUGGACUCGAGAACUUUCUUCUUCGUGUGGCUUCUCAUCCAGUCCUCUGCAAUGACAAGAUCCUCUACUACUUCCUCACUGAGGAGCAUGGCUGGAAAGAAGCGGUGUACGAGACAGGAUUUCAGGCAAAGGCUGAUUCCAGGCUCCGGGCUCUCAGUGCCACCUUCAGAGUGAGAAAUCCAGAUAAAUGCUUCAUGGAGAUGAAGCAUUACAGCGAUGAGCUGCAGUCUCACACAUCUCAGCUGCUCCGAGCACGAGCAAGGGUUGCUGACCGACUGUACGGUGUUUUUAAAGUUCAUGGGAACUAUGGACGAGUCUUCAGUGAGUGGAGUGCCAUUGAAAAAGAGAUGGGAGAUGGACUGCAAAGUGCGGGUCAUCAUAUGGAUGCAUAUGCUGCUUCAAUAGAUGAUAUCCUAGAAGAGGAGGAACACUAUGCAGACCAGCUGAAAGAAUAUCUUUUCUAUGCCGAAGCUCUGAG